AACAAGAAUAGAAUCACACUUUCCAGAAUUCCCAAGAAGCACCAUAAACGAAGAACCGGACGCGACGAUGCCCCAGUAACGAUGGUAACGAUGACACCAGAACGACGGCGAAAUGCCGUUACGACAACACCACAAACUUAUCUUUUUACGAAGCGCAAAUACCCGACAAAAUAUAAUGCGACCAAUAAGACCUCUCCAAAUAUCUAA